GUGAGACUGACACCGUCCGAGAGGGAGACGGAGAAGGAGGCAAAGAAAGUGAGAGAGAGUCAGUGAGUCAUUGAGAGAAGGAGGGGGAGAGAAGACGGCUUCAUUCCGUCGCUCAUGGACAGGGUUGGAUGAGAAGCUGCAGCUGAGCAGUCUUUCCCUGACGCAGGAGGAGGAGAAUCGGCUCAGAGGAAACCACCGCCCUGCUCCCGGCGAGAAGAAGACAGGAUGAGGUACCAAGGCAGGGAGGUGGGUGCUGAAGGGAGAGUCCGUCUGGUGAUGGAGAGUGCUCUCACCGCGCGGGACAGAGUUGGGGUGCAGGACUUCGUCCUUUUGGAAAAUUACACCAGUGAGGCAGCCUUCAUAGAAAACCUGCGGCGGCGCUUCCGAGAGAACCUAAUCUAUACGUACAUCGGGUCAGUGUUGGUGUCGGUGAACCCUUACAAAGAGCUGGAGAUUUACUCCAAGCAGCACAUGGGACGCUACAGAGGGGUCAGCUUCUACGAGAUAGCGCCUCACAUUUAUGCUCUGUCAGACAACACUUAUCGAGCCAUGCGGACCGAGAGGAAAGACCAGUGCAUUCUUAUUUCAGGAGAGAGUGGAGCAGGUAAGACAGAGGCCUCAAAGAAGAUCCUCCUCUACUACACUGUCACCUGUCCUGCUAAUGAACACAUGGCCUCCCUCGGUGACUGCUUGCUGCAGUCCAACCCUGUUCUGGAGGCGUUUGGCAAUGCCAAAACACUGAGGAACGACAACUCCAGCCGCUUUGGGAAAUACAUGGAUGUCCAGUUUGACUUUAAGGGAGCACCAGUAGGGGGUCACAUCUUGAACUACCUGCUGGAAAAGUCUCGUGUGGUACACCAGAAUCAUGGUGAGAGGAACUUCCACAUCUUCUAUCAGCUAUUGGAUGGAGGGGAGGAUGAGCUGCUCAAGACACUAGACCUCGAAAGAAAUCCUCAGAACUACCAAUACCUGGUCAAGGGUAACUGUCCCAGAGUUAGCUCCAUUAAUGACAAGAAUGGCUGGAAAGCUGUAAGGAAGGCAUUGCCUAUCAUUGGCUUCUCUGAUGGAGAAGUGCAAGAGUUGCUGAACAUAGUCGCCAGUAUUCUCCAUCUGGGAAACAUUCAGUUUGGGGAAGGACAGGAUGGGGAAACCCACAUCACCACUGAGACACAGAUAAGAAAUCUUACUAAGCUGUUGGGUGUUGAUGAUUUAACGCUAAGGGAGGCACUCACUAACAAGAAACUCAUUGCCAAAGGAGAGGAGAUGAUCAGCCCAUUAAACUUUGAACAGGCGGGGUCAGCCCGCGAUGCCUUGGCUAAGGCUGUGUAUGACCGGACCUUUACCUGGUUGGUGGAGAAAAUUAACCGAUCGCUUGCUCUCAAGGAUGAAGUCUACCACAGCAGUAAAGGCUCCUCAGUUAUAGGACUCCUGGACAUCUAUGGCUUUGAGGUCCUUCAGCACAACAGUUUUGAACAGUUCUGUAUCAACUACUGCAAUGAGAAGCUCCAGCAGCUCUUUAUUGAGCUCACUCUCAGGUCUGAGCAGGAGGAGUAUGAGACAGAGGGCAUCAUGUGGGAGACGGUGAAGUACUUUGACAACAAGAUCAUCUGUGAUCUGAUUGAGGAAAAGCACAAAGGCAUCAUCUCCAUCCUGAAUGAAGAGUGUCUGCGCCCAGGGGAGGCCUGUGACGUCUCCUUUUUAGAGAAAUUGGAGGACUCUCUGGGAGGCCAUGCCCACUUUGUCACUCACAAGUUGGCGAAUGGGAAGACUCGCAGGGUAAUGAGCAGAGAAGAGUUCAGGCUGCUACAUUAUGCCGGAGAGGUCAACUACAAUGUUAGUGGUUUUCUGGACAAGAACAACGAUUUGCUCAACAGGACCCUGAAAGAGGUCAUGUGUCAGUCAGACAACCAGAUCCUCAGUAAUUGCUUCCGCAGAGAGGAAGUGAUAGACCAGAAAAGACCUGAGAUGGCUGCCACACAAUUUAAGAAUAGCCUGAACAAGCUAAUGGAGAUCCUCAUGUCCAAAGAGCCAUCCUAUGUACGCUGCAUUAAACCUAAUGAUGCCAAGCAGCCAGGGCGGUUUGAGGAAGUGCUGGUUCGACACCAGGUAAAGUACCUGGGUCUGAUGGAGAACCUGAGGGUCAGGAGAGCCGGCUUUGCCUACAGGCGUCGAUACGAAGCCUUCCUACAGAGAUAUAAGCCCCUGUGUCCGGAAACGUGGCCCAACUGGCAUGGCAGACUGGUGGAUGGUGUGUCCAUGCUCGUCCAACACCUGGACUACAAACCAGAGGAGUACAAACUGGGCAGGUCCAAAAUCUUCAUUCGCUUCCCAAAAACUCUGUUUGCUACUGAAGAUGCACUAGAAGCCAAAAAACCAGAAAUUGUUUUAACCCUUCAGACUGCAUGGAGAGGCUACAGAGAGUGGGCCAAGUACCAACACAUCAGACGUGCAGUGAUAGUGAUCCAGUCUGCAUGGCGGGGGACAAAAGCACGCAGACGGGCCAAGAGGCGCCGACAGGCAGCUGAGUUAAUACGCAGGUUCAUUAAAGGCUUCAUCCACCGUCAUGAGGACUACAGCUCUGAAAAUGAUUACUUCCUGGACCACGUGCGGUUUUCCUUCCUCAUGAAGCUGCGCAAGAACCUGCCCAAGAGUGUCCUGGACAAAGGCUGGCCCACACCCCCGCCUUCCCUCAUUGAGGCAUCAGAUCAUCUGCGGAGGCUGCAUAUGCAAAACAUCGUGUUGAAGUAUUGCAGGAGCAUCUUGCCUGAGUGGAAGAAGCAGUUGGAACAGAAGGUUGUAGCUAGUGAGAUCUUCAAAGAGCAGAAAGACAGCUACCCUCGGAGUGUUGCUAAGCUGUUUUUGGGUUCCAGGCUUGAAAGUGAGCAGAUCAACCUCAAAGUUAUACAGACUCUUGGCAAUGACAAAGUCCAGUAUGGUGUUUUGGUCACAAAGUAUGACAGGAGGGGUUUCAAGGCCCGCCCUCGUCAGCUGCUCCUCACUGGCUCCUUUGCCAUACUGGUAGACAAAACUAAAAUAAAGCAGAGGAUUGACUACAAUGCUCUGAGAGAUAUCUCCGUGAGUUCACUCAGUGAUGGGAUGUUUGUUCUGCAUGUACACAAUGAGGACAACAAGCAGAAGUGGGAUGCGGUGCUCCACUGUGAUCAUGUGAUUGAGGCUGUGACAAAAUUAGCCAUGAUGUCAGGCAGGGUCAACCACGUCAACAUCAGCCAGGGCAGUAUUAGGUUUGCUGUGUCUCGGGGAAAGGAAGGGAUUGUUGAUUUUAUCCGAGGCUCAGAGCUGAAGGUGGCCAAAGGCAGGAAAGGACAUCUGCUCGUGACUGCCCCUGGGCUUGGCGACACAUGACUGUAGGAAACGGCGACCAAAUGGGACAUCUUUCUGAGAACCAGUCUUGCUGUAAUCCUGUUUUACCUAACCCAGAGGAUUCUAUCUCAGAAGAUGUCAUUGUGAAGUGUUUGUUCCCUCCAGAUAGUAUACCAUGACCAUACACGGCAUACUCAAGUGCAAGAAGAUUUUUAUUCUCUCCUUUACCACUCUAUGUACCUAUUGAUUCAAACUGCGUUAUCAUUUAUACCUUUUUUUCAAUUUUGGAAUAAUUCUCGACAACCAAUCAUUUUGUACACAUUAAAAAAGUACAGGAAGUCA